CCGAAACAUUGGCGAUAGCGCGUUUUUGCUCUUAUAACAUGAACUCACUACUUUAAUUUUUCUUUCUUUCUUCCCUCAUUAUUUCUGUCAUGUCUGAAAAAAAGAUUCUUCUCCUUGGAUCCGGCUACGUUGCCGCUCCCGCUGCUGAAUACAUUGUUCGCAGACCCGAGAACAAACUCACCAUUGCCAGCAGACGUUUGGAGAAUGCUGAAGCUUUGGCCAAACAGUUCCCUGGCUCCACCGCUGUUUCUUGCGAUAUCACCAACCAGCAAGCUAUUGAGGACUUGGUCGCUCAACAUGACCUCGUUAUCAGUUUGAUUCCUUACAUCUACCAUGCUGAUGUCAUUAAGGCCGCCGUGAAGCACAAGAAGAACGUUGUCACCACUUCUUAUGUCUCCCCUGCCAUGAUGGAAUAUGACCAAGCUGCAAAGGAUGCUGGCAUCAUUGUUAUGAAUGAAAUUGGUCUUGAUCCCGGUAUUGAUCACUUGUAUGCUGUUCGCACGAUUGAAGAAGUUCAUAGAGAAGGUGGCAAGAUGAACGAGUUCAUCUCCUUCUGUGGUGGCUUGCCCGCUCCCGAGAAUUCCAACAACCCCUUUGGUUACAAGUUCUCUUGGUCCGCCCGUGGUGUCUUGUUGGCCUUGAAGAACACUGCUAGAUAUUUAGAAAACGGCAAGGUCGUCGAAGUCUCUGGCCCUGCCUUGAUGGACUCUGCUCGCACCCUCAACACUGGUUAUCCUGGCUAUGCCUUUGUUGCCUAUGGUAACCGUGAUUCUACCCCCUACGACAAGCGUUACAACAUUCCUGAAGCCAGCACAAUUAUUCGUGGUACCAUCCGUUAUGAUGGUUUCCCUCAAUUUGUAAAGGCUCUUGUCAGUCUUGGUUUCCUUGAUGACCAGGAGCAACCUCACUUGCUCGCAUCCGCCGCUGAGAUCUCCUGGAAGGAUGUCGUUGCCAAGGCUGCUGGCACCACUGAUACCACUCCUGAAGGCCUGGAGGCUGCCAUCAUUGCCAAGGCUGAACUCGCUAACCACCCCCGCAAGGCCGCUAUCCUCGACGGUAUGAAGUGGCUCGGUUUCUUCUCUGAUGUCAAGGUGACUCGCCGCGGUAACCUCCUCGAUACAUUGUGCGCUACUUUGGAAGAAAAGAUGCAAUAUGAAGAGGGCGAACGUGAUAUGGUGUUCUUGCAGCACCGUUUCGAAAUUGAACUCAAGGAUGGCACAAAACAGACCCGUACUUCCACCUUGGUCGAAUACGGUAAGGUCGGUGGCUACUCCGCCAUGGCCAAGACCGUCGGUGUCCCUUGCGGUAUUGCCGUCCAAUUGAUUUUGGAUGGCAAGAUCACCCAAACUGGUGUGAUUGCUCCCAUGACCUCAGAGAUCAAUGAACCUAUUAUUGAACUUCUCGAAAAGGAGGGUAUUGGUAUGGUCGAGAAGAUCUUGUAAAAAAGUUUGAUGCAGUUCAGUACCGGCAGCAUGUUGUCGUUGUUUCUAUAAUUAUUUGUUUUCUCUAGUUUCCGUAAAAAGAGCUUUCUAGUUUUUUUGUCUUCAAUGAAAAAUGUAUUCCAUUUAUUCCAAAUCCAGUACGAUCUUUUGGUUAGCUUUCAUAGUGAGGAAUCCUAUCGUACUAGCAAGCAUAUUUACUAUGAUAUACAGUGGUACUACUUAGGGUAGACUAUUUAAAGUAGACAAUAUAUGGUUGGGACUCAUGGCCGACCAUAGUUCAUG